UUUACAGAAGUUUAAAAAAGUUAACGAUACCCAAUGGGAGGAACAUUGGACUGUGGAGACCGAGGAAAAAAUAGCUUCUAUAGCUAGCAGUAAGUCCAAUAUGAUGACUUACAUAGGUAAACUUGGCAGUUUAAAUUGGCUAGAUGACCAUGGAGAAAUACUAGAAAAUGUAUAUAAUAUAAUAAAUGUUAGCCACAUAGCCAUGAUUUACCCAACUGGAGACACCAUUGCCACUAUUGGAAGUAAACAGAAACUAUAUAUAAUAAAAACACAAAAUGGAAUGCUCGUGACGGAAUAUGAGCUUGAAAAUAAUCCAAUUUCAUUGGGUUCUAAUCCAGAAUUUCCAUACGUGGCAGUCGGAUACGAUGAUGGAAUAUUGGAAUUAAUAUCGGCCUAUAAGAAAAAAGAACUAAAACAAAUGGCGAUGUUUCGUUUAACUAAAAAUCCAAUAUCUAAUAUUUAUUUUUGCACAUAUGGCAAAAUUAUUGUUGCUGGAAACUUAGAAGUAGGAGAGUUUUUUAUAUUAGAAGUAAGUACACAAGAAUGCCGAUUUCUACCUGAAAGCUUAAUAUUAUUAAGAUAA